GCUGACAGCUUAGGAGAGGCGUCGGAGGGGGUCGGGGCGCAUCCUGCUUCAUUAUGGCUUCACACCGUCGCUGUCUGACAGGACCAACCGCGGCCAGCUGAACGCGAAUAACUGCGCUGGUGCAGUCAACGGUAAAAUGUGCCGAACAGCUGACUGCCGGCGGCGCGCCGCGACAUAGCGCGCGGAACGCCGUUCCGCCCCGCAAAAGCGUACGGUUUCAUAUCGAUCACAUGCAAAGUGCGAGUUAAAAAUAAGCGCGGCCGACAUGAAUCACGCGUAUUCGGUCGUGCCGCAACCCCUUAUGCCCCCGUUGCACGGGGCGGCAGACAGGUCGCACCUCAGUUGUUCUUCCGCCCCAACUAGUCCUCACGCGCCCAGGACCAAACAGUCCGCCUUCAGGCGACACAUCAGGCACAAGUCGAGUCCUCCUAUCAACAGGGCAAAGUUGCCGCUGCUCAACGAUUGCGACUUCAACCCGUACGGAAAGCAGUCAGACCACUGGGCCGUCCGAGCGAGAAACAGCGCCAAUUCUAGGAUCGUCGCAGUUAAAGAUAACUACUACAGUGCGCCCUCUAGUGGAAACGUCAUACAUGUCGAAGAUCGGAACAUAAUUACAGUUGACACUACUCACAAUGAUGACCAGUUCUUCGUCAAGGUGAAUGCCAGUAGGUUUGCAAAAUGCAACACCAGGAGUACAAGUGAUAAGAGACAUCGGCAGAUAUAUCCUAAAGAUGAUGACUACACUCUACAAGAAGAAAGAACUUCUAAAUGCCACAUUUUUCAAAAAGAAACUGUGGUUCCUCAAAAAUGUGAAAGAGAAGAAGCAGAACCACCAUUCAUAAAAGAACAACACAUGAGAGCAGAUCUGCAUGAUGAAAUGGUAACUGAACCUGGUAGCACAAUGACUGAAUAUGGAGACAAUCCACAGAUAACACAUCACACAAAAACAGAAAAACAUAUCAUGGUCAGAAGUUCAGUAGAAGACUUGGCAAAAGAUGAAGAGGGUGACGCACAGCUUGAAGUGGAGGCAUACAGCACUGACAAUGCAAGUUUGAAAAGUGGACACUACACAAGUACUCGUUCUGUCGAAGUCCAGGUAUCCCCUUCACCACAGUAUCGCUUAAGGUUUCUACCAAUCUGUGGUUGUACUGCUGAUGAGAGUGAAUGGGAGUUUUGCCAGUGUUGUUUCAUCAUUAGACUGGUGGGUCGGUGGGCAUUCUCCCAGUGUGGUUUGGGAAUAUUAUUAGUGAUAUGGGCAUUGUUAGGGGCAGCUGCAUUCCACAGUACUGAAGGUCCGCAUGAAGAGCAACAGGCACUGGACCUGAUUGCAGCACGUAGUUGCUAUGAAAGACAGCUAUCUACAGAGCUACAGCACUUGGUGGGAGCAAAACAUACAGUCAAAGCGAUGGCUGGCACUGACCAGCCAUUGGAUCCUGCUUGGCAGGAAACUAUUAGUGCUUCCUUCAAAUCAUAUGAAAAUCGUAUGCUAGCAGCAGUGAAAGAGGGCUAUGGAGAAGGAGGUGGUGGUGGCCGGAUUUGGAGCUAUGCUGGUUGCCUGCUUUUUGCUGUAUCCCUUCUGACAACUUUGGGUUUUGGAGCACCUGUUCCUAGAACAACACUUGGGAGAAUUGCUGCAGUUAUCUUCUCUGCUAUUGGCAUUCCUUUACAUUUACUCCUAGUUCUUAAUAUUGGAAUGUUGGUUGCUGUGAAAUUACAGCAUUUGUCUAUGACUUGGCAGCGUGGGACAUCAUUUAUUGCUGCCAUGAUUGUCUGCUGCUUCACCUAUAAUGUGCAUCAAGAGGGCCGCUGCACUCCAAGUCAUCGAGAUGGUAUGGAUUGCACCAUACAUCGAGAAACUCAUUUCACUGCUCCUCGAUGGAUGAAGUUGUUCCCUGCUGCUGCAAUUGCAACUUAUUAUAUUUUUGGGGUGAUUGUGUUUGGCGCCGCCAGGUCACGCCCAUUUUCUGACUGCCUCCUGUUCCCAUUGGAUUUUACAGCCUCUGGAGGUGUGGGACUCACAUCAAGUACAGUUCGUACAUGUUAUGCUAUUUACCUGGAAGGAGCAGUUGUACUAGCGGCUAGCGCAGUAGCAGUGUGGCAGGUUUCUGCAACAAAGGGACUAACAAACCUUGGUCUAAAGUUGGGGCUGCUUACUAACUCUUGACCAAGCAAAGCACACUGCAGAUCAGCAAACAGCAUGGUACUGAAUGCAAAGGAGAGUAACAAUAUCAAACUAUUUUUGUGAUAUUUUUGAAACAAGUUAAAACAUUUGAAAAUUUUAAGAAGUAAUAUAGUAUUUAUAUAUUUAUAUGUUGUUUAAAUAUGUUGUAAAUGUGAUACUUGUUUUGAACUACUGAUUCUGAUCAUUUAAGAGAAAGAAAGGCAAUAUUCUAAAAUUUGUCACGGGUUAUCUGAUUAGUGCAUCACAGUGUAGCAAUGGUAGCUUGAAAGUUGCUGAAGAAAAUUUCAUUUUGCAGUACUUGAUUAUGGACCAUUUCUACUCAGUUAUACAAAGUAAACAUUUCAUUGGCUGAUAAUAUAAAGGAUUUUAUUUGUUUAUAGUGAUUUAAAAACUUUUGUAAGUAUGCCAGUGUACAGUUACUAUUGCUGUUACAUGAACUUAAAGUGUAAUCUUUAUGUAUUAUUUGUGCAGUUUCCCAUCAUUAAUAUGUAGAAUUCUUCAGGAUACUGCGCUAAAGUUUAACAAUAUUUCUGCAGUCCUAUUUCCAUGGUUUUAGUUUUAAAUAUUAUCCUUAUCAGAACCAUUACUUGUAUCUUUGAGUGAUAAUUUAUCACUUGUGCUGUUACAGUCUUCAUUAAUCACAGAGUUUGAUGAAUAUGAACUGAAUCUUCAUGUAAUGCACAUCAAAUGUUGACAGGACUUUUACCAUAAAUCAGUAAUAAAAGUUAUUGCCACAAUGCAUUGUAAAUUUCAUUUACACCACGGCUAAUGAGGCUAUAUUUUUGGAGAUACUACUGCUCUCAUUACUAGGAAUACUAGUUGCAGCAGAUCACAAAUUUAUCAUUUCUUGUACACUUUCUGACAAAUGAAAUUGUGCUAUAUUUCUAUCUUCUAAUAUUAUUUAAAUGCCAGGGUUUUAUUUUUACUUCUCUCUUUUUUUUAAUUUCUCUAAUGCUUCUCUUCUCCAACUUCCUUGAUCAACCUUCCUCUUUUCUGAUAGAUACUUGAGAACUCUGAUUCUACAUUGUAGCACAUAUUUAUUAAGAAAAUCAUGUAAAUUACAACUAUAUAAUUUUCAGUAAUUAAUAUAUCUAUAUCAACACUGGACAAAAGUAUUCGUUUGGUUUUAGUAGGUAUAAAUGAAAGACUGGACAUAUGGACAAUCAUGGAUGCUGUAAAAGGGAUAUGAAAUAAAUUUCAGAAAACAAAAUACAAGUGUUUCAGUAAUGAUACUUCAGACUCAACCAGCAUGCACAUGUGAUAGGUUACCUGUAUUUGAUAAAAUGAGUCUCUGACCUACAUAAUUUUCAAGAAAAAUUCUCUUUUUGCUAUUUGUCUCUAAUAACAAUUUUAUGCCUUUUUUUACUAUUUUGUGGUUAUUUGAUUUGUUUGUCUUUUCUUAAUACCAUUUUUUCUUUGCAGAAACUAUCAUAUCCACUCUUAAUAUGCUCAGUGUGGACAUCUUGUUCAUACCUGUUCAUUAAUAUUAUAUGUAAUAUACUAGAACACCAUGGACUCUGAAAGCUGCAAUUUCAAUGGUGGUGGUAUUUCUUUUCUUUAACUUUUAUACCAUCUUUAGAUUCUUUGUUUCAUUAAUGUAACAUCCUCCUACAAAAUAUGAAUAAUAAUCGUCUCAUCUCAUUAUUUGUUGCAACUGGCUUUCCAAUUAAUUUCCUUAUAUUCAUCCCCUAAUUCUGUUAGUUUUUCAAAGCACAACUUGAUUAUCGAAGUUCCAGUUUCAGUGAGAAAUUCACAAUGGGCUGCAGUUAUGUGUAUGAUGAUGAAAAUAUAAGAAGUGCUCAUCUGUGAUAAGAUGUACAAAAAGUAUAACAACUUGUUCAGUUUUUACACAAAGCCCCUAUUCAGAGCUAUGUUACACAAACCCCUGUCACUGGUAGUCGUCUCCCCUGCUUCCACUCCCUCUCCACCACUCUCCCUCUCCCCUUCCUCAUUCCUCUCCCUCCUGUGCAUGUGCAUGUACACUGUGAGGGAAGGUAGAGGCCCCUGGUCUGGUGUGCUUGCUGUGCUGCUGUUGUGACUGUUUUAGUAGCAGCUUUGUGUGUCUGUGAGCUGUUGUCGCUUCUGACAUACUCUCAUCAGCUGAUGGAAUUAAACUCACAUCAGUUUAGUUAUGCUGUAGACAUAUAUUCCUGGGUGGUAGGGUCUAAUUGCAGUAUCACUGUGAUCCAUAAGAGAAAAUAGCUUGCUUGACACAAUAACAAAAACUUGGAAACAGUCGGGAGUUUCACACGAAAACUAUGUAAUUACAGUAUCCACAUUUGUAAUGAUGAAAAAUCACAUUGCUGUUCUUUGUAGCACCAUCUGCUUUAUUGUUUCAAAUUUGCACUUGAUCACCUAAGGAAUUAAAAAUCUAAAAUGAACAAAAUUUUAUAAAGGGAAACAUGGUCCAUAUUACACUGUAAUAUUCUUAAUUAAUUGUGCGACUGGCCAAUUUUGACGUUUGUAUCAUUUCAAGCACACGUGGAUAACCAUCACAAUUUACCCACAUGUGCGUGAAAAUGACAUAAAUGUCAAAAUCAGCUGAACGCAUAAUUAAUAAAUAAUAUUAAAGCUUGUUACUGUCCUACAGUCCACCCCGAUAGCUGAGUGGUUAGUGCGGCAGGCUGUCACGCCAAGGUGGCCGGAUUCGAUUCCCGGCUGGGUCAGAGAUUUUCUCCGAUCAGGGACUGGGUGUUGUGUUGUCCUCAUUACCAUUUUAUCACCACCAGUGGAGGGCAAUGGGAAACCACCACUGGAAUUGCUUCCCUAGACGCUAAUGCGGUGGACCUCGCUGACGAGGCUUCCCCCAUGACAAGACCUGCUGUAAGGCAGAACACAAAGUUUUUUUUUUCUCCUACAGACCAUACGUUCCAUUACAACCAUUUUUAGAAGCUGCAAAAACAAAACUGUCUCCAAAUUAUUCUCUGUUAGCACAAUUACAAUGAAGCAACUCAUUUUGGGUCAACCCUGCCUUGUUCGUCUGAGAUAGGGUUCCCUAACACACUGAAAUGUCUGUCACUUGUCACAUCUGAGGCUGAAAUACAAAACAUUUUUCACACUAAAUUAGCCUGGGAAAGAGACAACUGUUAAGCUUCCAUCUCUCAAGUGGACUGUUGUCACCAAUAACUUUUUUUGCCGGUGUGACUGACACUCUCCUGGUAGCCUGAAAUAUUUAGUUACCACAAAAACAGAUUAACAUAUUAUUGCCAUGUUAUAAUUAUGUGAAUAAAACCUUCUCAGUUUUGAAGCCUAAUAAAUUCGGAUAAAAUUCUUGAGCGUUCGAUGGACAUAAUCAUUAGGAGUAAAACCACUGACUACUGGGGCUAGCACAGCUUUUCUACUUACGUAGCAAUGAUUGUGGUCUUUGGCACCAAUCUCUGAGGCUCCAAUCAGGCUAUGUAUGUGGAAAACCUGGCCAACCCCAGCAGUCAAUCAUUUUACUCCUGACAACAAUGGCGGAGAUGGCCAAUGAAAGCUCGAGAGUUUUAUUCGAAUUGACACAGCUUCCAAACAAAGAUUUUAUUGAGACAUUCUGCCAUGAAAGACUCAGAUACAUGUUAUAAUUUUGUUCUAGCUGAUCAGGAACUGAUAUUUCAUUGCUUAUUUGACACACAGCAUUUGAUGACCCUCCUCUAUCACAAACAGCCAGGGCAACCACAGAAAUGUCACUGUUCUAAGCAACAUCUUAUCUUUGGCUUUUCCUUUCUAUGAGAUGGAGACAGUGCUCUUUCAGCAUGUGUAGUAUCUACAGUUAAUAGACAAUAAUAUGAUAAUGCUGCCAAAAUAAACAGGCAUUUUGCAAUUUAAUGAAAUUUUCAUUUUCUGGACACAGGCCUUGCAUUAAACAAGGAAACUGAGUCUAUAGUAAUUUAAACAUACCUCUGUAUCUUCAGGCCCUGUAUUACAAUGAAUUUUCUGUUUGUUCACCCAUACGCCCUCCCUCCUCCCCUCCCAAAAAAAAAAAAGGACUGUUAGAAACUUCUAGCCUUCCAACACUUCAAUUGCAUCUCUGAAUGGUUCAAAAUAUCAAGAGUUCUUUUGCAGUGUUGUUGUCACAACCAGUAUGUUUUUCAGGGAUACCUCUCUCCAGAAGCAUUUCCACGAUUGUAUCAUACUGCCUAACUACAGACUAACAUUAAAAACAACCUGUUCCAAGUAGUUUCUAUUUCAUGCUUCAAGCUUUUCUGUAUCGAAUUCACACCACCAGCUUUCUGCAUGAAUUGGACAGUAUCUUUGGCAGUGCAGGUCAUGGAAUAAACCAUUGCAACCUCAUUUUUCAAAUUAUUAGUAUCCAAAAUGUGUAUAAGGGACUGAGUUCAAAACAUGAGUAAUAGAUGCAUGAUGUUGAAAGCAUUGCAGUACCUUGCUUGUAUUGUCACCUCAGUCAGUAACAAAUGGAAAUAUUAUUAAAAUGCUCAGGAUUCACUCAUAAGUUGAGUAAUGUUUCUUCUAUGUAGUUCUUAAUCAAAUUCCCCAGACUUUUUUUUCUCAGAAAAGUGAGUUGUCACCAGUACCAUAUUUUGCAGUGGCUAGUCUUGAUAAACAAACAGUGUACAAUAAAUAAAUAACACAUUUUCAGAUAUUUAUUGGUCCAUAUAUCCACUGCACAUCCACACACAUUCAUCCCUAUGGCAUGGAUAAUGCUGGAUGACAAACUCGCUCACAUUUCAUUGGCAUGGCUCAGUGUUUUGUGGUACUGUUGUAGCACAAGGCAAAAUGUUACAGACACCUACAUGUUCCAAUUCUGAACCAACAUUUGCAAAUCACUAACAUAAAAUACAAAAUCCUACACCUGACAGUAAUGUAAAUGGAUGAAGACAUCUGGCCACAUUUCUAUGCACCUUCUUAAUUACCAUACCUUUCACAUUCACGGGGGUUGGUAAUGUUGCAGACCUUACACUUUGUCAUGUUCUGUAGACAUAUGUCUUCAGAUGUGUGGUGGCAGAUCUGUGAGACAGGAGAGCAGAGCAGCACUUGACACAGUACACACAGGCAAAAUCCUUAUCAGUUGACUAAUGAAAAUUUCUCCCAAACAUUGUUAUGGCCACUGUCUUCUGCACUCAGGGUAUAUUCUUUUGAAUCAAGUUUCUGUUUCAGUGUCUCCUUCAUCUCACUUUCAGGUGCCAUGAUCAUACAGACAUCUACUGUCCAGCACUCGGGUAACUACAGUAGACAUAUGUCCAUUCAGUCAAGAGAUGCUCCAAUGAGCACAGAGGAAAUUGAGUGGAUUUGCUCCCAGCAUCCAAAGCACUGUAUUGACAUCUGCCAGACUCCUCUAAACUACAUGCACCAAGAAAUUUGAGCAAGCAUAAAUGUCAGGUGUGGACCUCUGUUUCCUACAUUCAUCUUAUAAAAUGCUGGUCCUGGAUUACAUUUUGCACAAAUAACCCAAAAAGCAGCUUCCAAAACACAUUUUACUAACCUUUAAUUGUGCCAGUCAAUGUUAAAAUUUAGAAGUCAUGAAAAUAAUCCUUUAAAAUGAUCAAAUGUGAAGUCUUGCAAGCAAGAAAAUGUUACACAUGACCCCAACACUGAAUGUUUUAAUGUGUAUUUCUUGUCUCUGCAGUUCAAGGGCAAUUAAUUAACUGCAUUUUUAUUGCUUACUUUUAUUGAUAUCCAACAGGAUUUUCUCAGUUCCUCUCUUUGCACAUUUAGAUUUUUAGUUUUCAGUGUCAGUCUAACAUUAUUGGUUUAUAAAUAAAAUUUAUCUUUUGUGAACACAACUUUUUCUUCCAUAGCAAAUGAUGUUUAGCAACAGGGGGACAUUAACCAGCAUUAUUGUUUUUCAUAUAACUUUGUUCGUUAGGAAGAUAAUGAACUGCAAUAUGUCUUUUUUUCUAAAAAAAAAGAAAAGAAAAAUCACCCUGUAUAUUUUAUUCAGUAAUCCACUUUAUGAAGUAAAUAUUGUUACCUUACUUUUGAAUUAACCACUUGGGUCACAUGACAUGUUCUCAAACUCACCACUUCAGUUGUAUCAAAAAUUGUUAUUUUAGAAUCUUUUUCUCUUCUGGGAUAAUUUUAUGCGGACUGCCAUGCUUGUGCAGGGCCUUUUUGAAGUGUUCAAUUUUCUUACUUCCAUUAUUGAGAAACUAAACAUAGUUUGACUUCUUUCCAUUCUCGAAUAGAUCCUCAGUGUAUUCUUUUGAGAUUUGGAUUCCAUACUCUUAUUUAUUUCUGCUUCAGGAGCAUAUCAAUACAGUUUUAUCAAACACUGAUGUAUUUCUUCUCAUGAAUUUUUCAUUUAUAUCUUUCUUAUAUGUGAUAAAUAGGAUUAGUAUGUUCCUUAUUUGUUUUACUUGCAUGUAGAAGUAUAUCUUCACUUACUGGCAGUUAACCAUUUACAGCUACUUUGUGGGUUAUUUGUUUGCCUUUUAAAUACUUUAUUCUUAAUAGUGCUUAUUCUGUCAACAAUGACUAGUAUAUCAAGAUAAGCACCUUACAGGUACGAAUCAAUGACUGUUUCAGUUCCUGAUUGUUCUGUAGUAUGACUUUGUUUCACUACUUUAUUCGAUUUGUGAAGUCAUUUGCCAGAAAUACUCCUCUGUCUCAGGAUUUCUAUAUAGUAUACCUAUUCAGACUGAUAUUUUCAAUGACAGUAGAUGGAAUUUUGGGACUUUGAUAAUCAAAAAUUCUGAAGCUACUCCUUUUACAGUUUUCUUUUUGCAUGUUUUUCUACUGUCACCCCUUGUCUAUCUUGAUCCUUCUGGUCUUUUUUCUUUUAAUUAAUUAUUGAAAUUUAAGUUUCUUAUGUGUAUUUAUGGCAGCAGUAUAUGAGGUAGGGAUUACAAGACUAUAUACACCUAAUUUAAUAUAAAAACACUCAAAAAGUUUCACUACUUGGAUGAUAAACCAUGUAUUCCAGUCGUCUCCGUACCAUUCAGAUGAAAAAAGUAUGCCUCAUUCAUUCAUUCAUUGUGUUCUGAACAUUCCAUCUUGAUGGAGAAUCUUUAGGGAUGUGGAAUGACUCAAGGUAUACAGUAGCCAAGGGAAACAACUUUUACAGACUGCAGAAAUAAGUAAAUUUUGUUAAAUUAGUAUACAUGCUAGUUUAACAUAGUAACAUAGAAUUACUUACAGAAAAUUGCAGCUUCCUCAAUUAUAAAGCUCUUUUUCUCCUAGCUUGAUAUUUACUUGACCACACUGAGAUUAGCAUACAACAGUUAUAAUGACUUUGGCGUGUUUACAAUUUAUAUUCCUCCUUGUCAUGCAGCUGACAGGAAUAUUCAAUCUAGGGACCUACACAAUCAGAUAAUUUGCAGAAGUAGAUGCUAAUAAAGUAUAUUAUUAAUUUUCUUUUGAAUUGAUGCAAAUUCCCAAUCUCUUGCUUAAUGCCAGUAAAAUCUUUGGUACCGCAAUACAGAACUUCACUGCAAUCCCUAGCCAAGGAGACAAAGCUUAUAUGGAUAUUAUAGUUGUAUUCAUGUAUUGGAAAGUAAUGGUAAGAAUUCCUCUGCUGCAUGUAUAUUAUAUACUUUACAGAGUAUUGCUAUUACUUAUAUCUGCUGAAUUAAAUAUUUCAUUGACCUUAGACAUUGUGCCAGAAGAUAAGUUCCUGAGAUAAUGGGGAAUGAAAGUGUAUAAAUAAAUCAACACUUUUGUGUUUCAGUCAACAUAAUAACAGAUAUAUCUAAGUGCAAAACAGGGCAGAUUGAGCUUCUUGAUACAUUUAUCUAAAUGUUACUCAAUUUUAGCUUGUUAUCCAGCUGCACACAUCAAAGGUCUUUUGUUAACUACUUGGUAUUGAUUUUACAAUAAAUGAAGAUGUAUUUCUAUUUUGUACAAUAAUAUUCCAACAAUGGACUAUUUUAUUAUUUUAAUUUUCUGUGGUCAUCAUUUGCGAUAGGUUGUAUUCACGCAUUUACGUUAACUGUAUUUUGGAUUUUAUAGAUGUUUAUAAAUGUUUUCCCUCUGAAUCGAAAGGACUCAGAAAUCAGAGCAACAGUUUAAUUUAUUGAAAUAAAUGGUUGUAGUUCUGCCAUAAGUUGCAUUAAGAAGUAUCUUUUUAAUUUCUUGAUGGUGGCUAGUUUCGGAAAUCUAUGUCCAUUUUCGUCAGGUUUUGCCUAUAUUGUCACACUUAUGAUGCAUAUGUUCUGAAGAUGGACAUAGGUUUCUGAAACUAGUCGCCAUCAAGAAAUAAAAAAGAUACUUCUUAAAGCAACUUAUGUCAGAUCUACAACCAGUUACUUCAGUUAUAAAACAAAUUGUGGAUCUAUUUUUCACUUGCAGCAUGCUGCAAGUUUGUAAAAAAAAAUUUAAUUUUUGUUGACAAGUUGUUAUUCAGGAUUAAAUACCAUUACUGUACCAGCAUUUCUCACUACAAGGAUAGUUAUAAGGAAGGUCAAUGGAUCUGUCAGCAAAUUCCUUGGGAAAAUGAGUGCAUAUUUUGAGAAACUGCCUGCUAGACACUAGUGUGGCCGAUAUGAGAGUCCUGCUGCAUUGUUUGGGGUCCUUAUCAAGCAGACUUGAGAUGUUGAAGAAAUUUGAUCACUCUAGAAUCAUAAUGGAUUAGUUUACUCUAUACAAUAGUAAAACAUUGAUGGUUAGUAAACUUAAAUGUGAAUUUUUUGGAAGUAGAUCAAUGUUAGUGCUGAAAAAUCCAGUUGAGUAACAAGUCUUGAAUUCAAUUAAGACAUCAAUCAGAGGAAAAAACUUAAACUGUCUUGCUGCAGCAACAUUGCGGGUGUGAAACAAAAACUAAGUUGUACAAAUAUGGAAAGAUGAACUGAACACUCUUUUCUUUAAUGCAAAUGCGUGAUAUUUGUCAGCUAGUGUGAGGAAACAACAGAAAACUUAAAAUAUGAUAGCCAGAGGGAAUUUCACCUGCGCUCUUUCUGCAAAUGACUCUAGCCCUAUAAAAACUGUACCACCUCACUUGAGUUCUGAACUGGACAUAGAUAGUAAAUGGAGAUUGUUAUAAUUAUACAAGCAGAUAAAAAUGAUUGUAUCUCUUGUCAUUUAGUCCAAGCUCCUGGUAUAUGCCACAGAAAUUAUGUAUUUGGUAGUGUCUUUCUGAUAAAAUUAAGACAUUGUGCAAAUGUUCUUUUUUGGGCCCAACAAAAAAUUAAUUUAUGAGAGUUACACAUUAAUUUUCUGUUUGAGGCCAUUUCUCAUAAUAUUUUAGCAUACAAUUUAUUUGUCUGUUGUUUUUGAUAUGUAAGAAUGGAAUCAUCUGAAUCAGGUAAUUUGUUUCUCAGAACUGAAAACUUUUUCCCACGUUCUUCUGGUGCAGUGUAAUAUCCCAUAGUUUUUUGGCGUGUUACGAGUACAUCAUAAGACCCUGAAGCCUGUGAUUUGAAAAAAAUUUGGAAAACCACUUCAUAUUUCUACCUCAUCUUAAUAGCUUGUACAAAUACCUAUAAUAAUGGAAAAAUGUGUGUAUUUCAGUUUUAAAUCAAUUACUAUGAUAUUACAUCUGUGUCCAACAUUCCAGAGGAAUAUUAUGUUUAUUCCCAUUGUUGAUUUGUCUCCACAUUUAUAGCUGAAGUGAAAAUUCGGUUUUCUGCACAAUAUUUUGAAUUGGUGUGCUUUUGUUUUUCUGUGUCAUUAUUUCAUAGAAUGCACAUUCCUUAGCUCUAGUGGAAGAGAUGAUGAGUGAGAUCUUAAUACAGUGAGUACCAGAUCCCAAGUAUUGUUGUAUAAGCAUUUGGGAUUGCAUAACCAACAAGUCUAUAAAGAUGCAACAUAUCAUACAACCUUAUAAAUAAGGAUGGAGGUUUCAAUUUAAGGAAGCCAAAACAUACCAUCAAUCAAUCAUUCUGAGAAAACCAUAAAAAGGCUCAGAAACACAAAUAAGUACAGUAGGAUAUUAUGAAACCCACCAGGCAUUUUAUCUCUCUUCCAGAAAGAUUGGUACAAAUACUUAAGUCGAGGUCAUGUACUUAAUAGCAGCAGAAUUUAGGUUAUGAAGUUCACAAGAAAACAAUUUUUGACAUUUCAGUGUCACAACUGAUUCAGUGCAAUCAAUUUAUUAGCCCUUGCUUAUCUAUUACAAUUGGCAACAACAUUAUUUAUUUAAUUUAUAAAUGUGAAUAUAUAAAAGUAUUCCUAAAUUAUAAGACACUGCGGCACAAUGUUCUGUUAAAUAUGCAGACUUUGUCUUAUGAAAACUUCCAGCUUAAAACCAAAAUAUACUUUAAUACUGACAGUACUCAACCAUUUAUUUGUGAUUUCAUGCAAUUCAAAUCAAUAUAAAAUCAUGAAACAGAAUUGCUACCAUUACUUACUACCAGGUGGCAAAAUUACAGUACUGGUGAUAACACACACAAAAGUGGAUACACUAGCCUAGCUUAUGGAGCUAGUACUUCCACCUUGACAUCGUAUGAGGCGAGUCCACAUCCUGCAUUCUGGGUGACCAACCCAUCCUUUUGAGAGAAUUUUAGCCUAUCCUGUGCAAGUUUCUUCCUCUCUGCAUAACUACAGCAACCUACAUCCAUUUUAACCUGCUUACUAUAUUCAAACUUUGGUCGCCCUCUACAUCUUUUAUUCUCUCCCCCCCCCCCCCCCCCCCCCCCUUCCUACUUCCACUUCCUUCUAUUACCAGACACAGACAGCUCCUCGUUUAUUAUUUGGUCUAUCUAAUCUUCAGCAUUCUUCUAUAGUACUGCAUUUCAAAAGCUUUUAUUCUCUUCUUGUCUGUUUCAUUUCUGUACAAGGGUACACUCCACACAAAUAUCUUUAGAAAAUACUAAUGUGUUUUCCCCCAUGUAGACCCUCCAUAUAAAACUUCCAGUUUUUCAGAUUUCCCUUCUUUGCACAGUACUGGCUUGCCAUCUGAGCUCUUGAUAUUUGUACAGGUGCUUCUAUUUUCUCCAAAGGUCUCGAUAAUAUUUCUAUCAUCUGCAUCUAACCUUCCCAUGUUGUUCUACAGCCUCACAUUUGUCUUCUAGCCAUUUCUGCUUAGUCCCUUUGCACUAUCUGCCAGUCUUAUUUUUUUAGGGUUUUGUAUUCUCUUUUGCCUGUUUUGUUGGCUGAAUUUUUAUAUUUUCUAUUUUCAUCAAUUAAAUUCUUUUUCCCCUUGAUAUCCAGGGACUUCUAGUAGGCCUUGCCUUUUUAUCUAUGUGAUUCUUUGCUGUUUUCACAAAGCAACCCAUUUGUCUUCUAUAGUGUUCCUUCACCCUGAUUCAGUCAAAUGUUGCCUAAUGAAUGCUCUGAAACACUCUACAACCUCUGGUUUCUUCAAAUUUAUACGGGUCCAAUCUCCAUAACGGCCUACAUUUUUGCAAUUUCUUUACUUGUAAUCUACAGCUCAUAAUCAAUAAAUUGGGGCCAGAGUCUUCAUCUGUCCCUCGAAAUGCCUUAUAGUUUAAAAUCUGGUUUAGAAAUUUCUGUCUUACCAUUAUAUAAUCAAUCUGUAACACUCCAGUUUCCCCAGAUCUCUUCCAUGUAUAAAAAUUUCUUUCACGAUUCUUAAACAAAAUAUUAACAAUAAUUUAAUUAUGCUCUGUACAAAAUUGUGCCAGGUGGGUUCCUGUUUCAUUCCUUAUCCUCAUCCCAUGUCCUCUUAUUAUUUUUUCUUGUCUUCCUUUUGCUACUACCAAAUUCUAGUCUCCUACCACAAUUAACUUUUGUCUCCCUUAACCAUCAGAAUAAAUUCAUUUACUUAAUCAUAUAUUUUUUUCAAUCUCUUCACCAUCAGCGAGUCUGGUUGGCAUAUUAACUUGUGAACUUUUAACAUUGCAGCAUGUCAGCAAUCGGGAAUAAUUUAAUGAUUACAAAGAAGCCAUUGCAAAUUGAAACGGGAGGUUGACCUAGGUUUUGGAGCAGAUAACCACGCCUUCUUCGGAACACACUGAAACUACAAACUGCCUAAAGAGGCAUGGUCCAACUGAAUCUUUAGGCAGUUUUUAGUUUUAGUGUGUUCCAAAGAAGGCGUGGUUAUCUGUGCCGAAACCUAGGUCAACCUCUGGUUUCAAUUUGCAAUUGAGGCAGAUUCUUUAUAAUCAUUAUGUCAAAUUUUACUGCUGUGGUGGGUGUUGGCUUCAUGUAUAUCUUGGCUAUGAUAAUGUGUUCACCAUGCUGUUCAUAGUAGUCUACCAGCAUUGUUGUUUUCUUAUUCAUUACUAGUUCUACUCCUGAACCUCAAAAUUUACCUUUUUAAAUUUCCUAACCUAUCUACCUGAUUAAGGGAUCUAGUAUUUCAUACCCAUGGACUGCCAGUUUUGUUAUUCCUGAUGACAUCAUUCUUAGUAGUCCCCCAAUCAGAGAUCCAAAUUAGGGCCUAUUUUACUUCUGGAAUAUUUUACAAAAGAGGAUGCCAUCAUUAUUAUGCCAUACAGUGGACUUGCAUUCCCUUGGGGCAAAAAUAAAAAUCUUCUGUAAUUUCUCCUUGCAUACAGCCACUUGCAGUGACAGUGCACCAGAACAAAGCCAUGUUGGCUAAUGUUAUGAAAUCAUAUCAGUAAAUGAUCCAAUUUGCUGCCUCUGCAAUUACUGAAAAGUUUGCAGCCAUUCUCCAGGAACCACUGGCUAGUUUGUGUUCUCCCAUUGUACUUGCACCUGCAGUACAGCAAUCUACGUCAUUGAGGCAUGCAAGCCACUUCGUCUUGGCACGGUCCCUGGUUCAUGGUCCACAGUUCUACAACAGUAUAUACUUUUACAUGCACAUUAUAAACCAUGUGUUCUUUUUUAUAUCAGCAGUACUGAAAUUUCAUAUCCUGAAUGUAAGUUUUGGCCAGAAAUCCUGUCUCACGAUUUUAUAAUUUUCUGUGUGCAUGUCCCUUUUGAUUCAAUACACUGGCAUUCUUCCUAUUGUAAAACUACCCACAAUACUCCACAAAGCUGUGAGAAUUGAAGCAGUACCUCAAAAUAAAAAUGGAAAUCAAAGUACUAAAUGAGGAAAUAUCAUACAGAGAGCAAUUUUGUCAUUAAUUUUGUAUUACAAAUAUAUUUGUGUUAAUUGAGUAUUGAGAUCUUGUCUCUAGUGACACAGUGAUACACACCAAGAUAAUUCAUUUAAAACAGGAAAUUGAAGUAUGCCAGCAUGAAAGUCUCCAAGGAGGUAACUGAUAUGUAAUUAGUAAAACAGAAAGGCAUACAUAUACAUCCCAGCAUAAAAUUGUUUUUCAAAUUAUGAUAAAAGCAGUAUCAUGAAAUUAAGUUCUGACACCUGCAAAGAUCACCAUAAACAGAAGGCCUUCUGCAUAUCUACCCAUUCUAAUGACUGUUCUACACUUUGCUACAGAACAGCCCUUUGUUUUUAGCCAAAGCUUCUUUUCAAUUAUUUUACGGUUAUCAUUAUUGAGUAAUCUGUAUUUGGUGAAAAUUCACAUUAUAAUAUUCAUGAAAUCAUUAACGUGAUGUUAAAGCAUGCUUCCAAAAGCAAUGCAGUCUUGUUGUAACAUGUUCUGUUCACUAGCUAGCUAUCAUUUUUUGUACAUUUGUAAUUUAUAUUUUAACUCAUCUUUCUGUGAUCACUUCUGACAAUAAACAGUUUUCACUCAG